AUGGCUUUUGCCGAAUUACUUGAGCAGGUGGGUGGGAUGGGACGCUUCCAGAUCAUCCACACAGUACUGCUCACCAUCCCCAUCCUCCUGAUGGCCAGCCACAACCUUCUCCAAAAUUUCACAGCGGCCAUCCCAGAUCAUCACUGCCGGAUCCAUAUCAACACCAAUGGAAGCGGGUACCCAAAUGCGACGCAUCAACUCGGAGCCAGCGAUCUUCUCAGGCUUGGAAUCCCCCUGGAUGGCAAACAGCGGCUAGAAAAGUGUCGGCGUUUUGUAGACACCCAAUGGCAUCUCCUUGGCCGCAACACGACGGCAGCAAACAUGACCCAGAUGGACACGGAGCUUUGCACUGAUGGAUGGGUGUACGACCACUCGGUGUAUACUGCUACCAUCAUCACAGAGUGGGAUCUGGUCUGCAACCUGCGGAAACUCCGGGAAGUGGCCCAGUCGAUCUAUAUGGCCGGUGUGCUGUUUGGAGCCCUGGUUCUUGGAGGGCUGUCUGACAGGUUUGGUCGCAAAGCUCUCGUCCUUUGGUCUUUCCUGCAAAUGUCCGUGACGGGGACCUGUGCAGCCUUUUCCCCCAACUACAUCUCCUACUGCGUCUUCCGGUUUCUGAGUGGUAUGGCCCUCUCCGGAUUCGGCCUCAGCAUCGCCUGCCUGAUUGUGGAAUGGAUUCCCACACGGUACCGCACCAUCACGAUUGCCAUGACGGGCUUUUCGUACACGCUGGGCCAGAUUCUCCUGGCUGGUUUGGCCUACAGCAUCCGGGACUGGCGUUGGCUGCAGUUGGCGGUAUCGGCGCCAUUCUUCCUCUUCCUCUUUUACUCCUGGUGGUUUGCGGAGUCGGCUCGCUGGCUCAUCCUGGCCGGAAAGGCCGGGAGGGCCGUCAAGGUCCUCCAGAGGGUUGCACGGGUCAAUGGAAAGGAGGAAGCUGGAAGUGGGAUCACCACUGAGAUCCUGCUUUCCAACAUGGAGAAUGAGCUGUCCACUAUCAAGUCCUCUUACACCAUUUCUGACUUAGUUCGCACACCAGCGAUCCGCCAUAUAUUCUUUUGCCUCUCCAUGGUGUGGUUCUCCGUCAGCUUCUCCUACUAUGGGCUGGCUAUGGACCUCCAGAACUUUGGGGUCAGCAUCUACCUCAUCCAGGUGAUCUUUGGAGCGGUCGACUUCCCUGCCAAGGUGGUUGUGACCAUAACCAUGAGCUAUAUCGGGCGGAGGUUCAGCCUGGCCUCGUUCCUCAUUGUCGCCGGCCUUGUCAUCAUUGCCAACAUCUUUGUGCCUACAGAACUGCAGACAGUUCGGACGGCAUUGGCUGUUAUCGGGAAGGGUUGCCUUUCAGCGGCCUUCAACUGCACCUUUCUCUUCACGACAGAGCUCUACCCAACACCCAUCAGGCAAACCGGGCUCGGCUUUGGCAGCACAAUGGCCCGCGUGGGAGGCAUCGUCGCCCCUCUGGCCAAGAUGCUGGAAGACUACUACAGUGUCUUGCCUCCAGUGGUGUAUGGGGUGGUUCCGAUCCUUUCGGGCAUCACCGCCUGUUUUCUGCCGGAGACUCUGAACGUCGCACUGCCGGAUACCAUUGAAGAAGUAGAGAGCAGGUCCAGGAAAAAGAAGGAGGAAGCAACAGCCGCUGCCCAUGAAAAGAUCCUGCUUCAGAGCCAAGAGAUUGAGAAAGCCUUAUUCAAAGAGGCCUGUUGAGUGUCACAGUCCUUUCGCCUGGAUGCAUCCCUGCUAGCUGAUUCUGGGAAGGAUCCUGACCUUCCAAAUACCUCCCUGGUCGCUUGUUUCGUUUCAUCCCAGGAAACAAAGGGGAGCGACUGAAUUUUCUGGACAUGGAAGCAAUUUAGUCUCUUUUUUAAAAAGCAUCCUUUGGUUUCUUAUUUGCUUAGCAGGAAAUGUCUGAUCGCUCCAGGAUCAAGAAGGGAACCAGCAGGGCAUCCUUUUUGGAGAAGAGCUGAUAUGAAAAGAGAUACAGAGUGCCAUCAUGUAUUUUCUCACCGCCACGAUGGAGAAAUGGCCUUCUCCUUCUCAAAAGCAGGCACUGCCAAUACUGAUUCCAUACUCAGAAACACAGCAAGAAGCUGCCAGCAGUUAAUCAAAGACUGCCUGCUCUGACCGGCAGCAGCUCAGAUGGGGGUCUCUCCCUGUUUCUGAUGCCUUUUAAACGAACAGAGAUGCUAGAAACCGAACCUGGGACUUUAUGCCAGAUGCCACGUUUGUUAUAGGGGUGCACACAUAAUAGGCAGAUAUCUCUAUCGAUGCUCUGUGGGACAAAAAUGUCCGUGGCAUCCAAAGUUUGCAACUUCGCAGGGUCAAAGACUAUUCUCACAGCAAAGGCCAUUCUUGGUUUCUUGUGAAGGGUCUCUCUUAUUAUUUUGCAUUGCCAGCUUCAAUCUGUAAUAAAGGCUACGCACAGCUCA